UCAAACAUGUUUAUUAGCAGCAUGUAAUAAGUUUUCCCGGCUCCAGCGUCCCUCCGCCCCGCCCCGUCCCGUCCCGUCGAUCCCUCCCUCGUCUCUACUCUCAGUCUUAUUUCUCCCACAACCUCCAACUGGUAUACUCUCCGUCAGGAGAAAAGUGCCGCCGCCACCGGCGAGCAGCAACAGCUCGUUAUCUUCCAUCUCUUUCGCGCCUGUCGUCUGAUUUGCUUCUCCUCUCGGUUUUCAACAAAGCAGACGGCAACCAAGCAGCCACUGAGGCUGAACUCGAUCAGGGCUCGGAAGCAGCCUUUCUCCGUUUAUUUUUUGCGGGCUUCCUCCGUGUAUUUCUUUCACGGUCACAGUCCAGUCGGCUUUCACGAGUCAUACAUAGUUAGGUUUUUGUUCUAAAAGUUCAGCCGUAGGCUUUGAGCAAUAGAACUUUGUUUUUAUCAGUCAAUGAUAAUCAGGACGAUUUUAAAAUUUAUUUUUUGAAUUGUUUGCUGAAAUUAGAGCAUAUUGAGAAAACUGAAUUUUGUUUUCUAAUGUUACGGUCGUCGCCACCCGAAACUUAGAAGAAGAAGGAGAUACAAAUUUGAACCAGCCACGAACUAUUUGCACCGAAAAUUCAUUGAGAAUCGUGGCUCCUACUAGUAACCGGAGCAAUCGCUGUUCGUAAAAGCCUCUGCGCUGCGGCUGUAUAUUCGGGAUGACGAUUCAACGGCUAGUGCCUCAAAAGCAAACUCUCAGAAUCUUCACCGCGCGCAUAACGCCGAUUUCUCUCGUUCCUCUCGCACUUACCCCUAACCAUUUCCUCACUGCUGUGAAAACUAUAGCAACUUCUUCAUAUCAGAUCGAGGAAGAGGUGCUAUCGCCAACUCCAGCAUCGGAUACUUUCUUCGUAGAGAAGAUUGUAUUGAGUUUAAAGCAAGGUAAACCGACUUCUUUGCAAAAAUAUCAGUUUCUCUUAAACUCAACGACUGUAGUUGAGGUUCUUUAUCGAUGUCGUGAUAAUUUGCAUUUGGGCCAGAGAUUUAUUGACUAUAUUAUGUUAAAUUGUUCAAAUUUUAAGCAUUCAUUGAUGUCUUUGAGUGCAAUGAUUCACAUUUUGGUGAGGAGUAGGAGAUUAUCUGAUGCACAAGCUUUGAUGCUUAGGAUGAUCAGGAAGAGAGGCGUCUCACGGGCCGGGAUUGUUGAAUCCUUGCUUUUGACUUAUACUAGUUGUAAUUCGAAUAUUUUGGUUUUUGAUUUGUUGGUUAGGACGUAUGUGCAAGCUAGGAAGUUAAGAGAAGGAUGUGAGGUGUUUCAGGUGUUAAGAAGUAAAGGAUGUUGUCUUUCAAUCAAUUCUUGCAACAGUCUUCUUGGUGGGUUGGUGAAGAUUGGAUGGGUGGAUUUGGCCUGGAAAGUCUAUGAGGAGGUUGUAAAAAGUGGGAUUGAGGUGAAUGUUUAUACUCUAAAUAUUAUGGUUAAUGCAUUGUGUAAAGAUGGCAAAGUUGGUGUUGUUAGCUUGUUUUUAUCAGAGAUGAAAGACAAGGGUGUUUAUGCAGAUAUGGUAACAUAUAAUACCUUAAUAAAUGCAUAUUGUCGUGAAGGGUUAAUGCAAAAAGCUUUUGAGGUAAUGAAUUCAAUGUCAGGUAAGGGGUUGAAACCGGGAAUCUUUACUUAUAACGCGAUUAUAAAUGGCUUGUGUAAGAAGGGAGAAUACGAGACGGCUAAGAAAGUUUUGGAGGAGAUGUUGAGGAUUGGGUUGAUUCCUGAUACUACUACUUAUAACACGCUGCUUGUUGAGGUUUGCAGAAAUGAUAACUUUUUGGAGGCCAAGCGGAUUUUCAAUGAGAUGUCAUGUCAUAGAGUCCUUCCUGAUUUAAUUAGCUUUAGUGCAAUAAUAGGGGCAUUCUCCAGGAAUGGGCUUCUGGAUCAGGCAUUAGAAUAUUUUAGAAGUAUGAAGAAUAUUGGCUUGUAUCCAGACACUGUUGUUUAUACUAUUCUCAUUGAUGGAUAUUGCAGACAUCGCAUGAUGUUGGAGGCGUUGAAGAUCCGAGAUGAAAUGCUAGAGCAGGGUCUUGUUAUGGAUGUGGUUACAUACAAUGCUAUUUUGAAUGGGUUAUGUAAACAGAAGAUGUUCCAUGAGGUGGAUAAUCUAUUCAAGGAGAUGGUUGAAAGGGGCGUGUUGCCUGAUUUUUACACUUUCACAACAAUCAUUAACGCCCAUUGUAAGGAUGGGAAGAUCAACAAAGCACUAAACUUACUUGAGACAAUGACUCAAAGGGGUAUUAAGCCGGAUGUUGUGACAUACAACACAUUAAUUGAUGGGUUUUGCAAAGUACAUGAAAUGGAGAAAGCUAAUGAGUUAUGGAACGGUAUGAUAUCUAGAAUGAUUUUUCCAAAUCACAUUUCAUAUGGCAUUCUAAUAAAUGGAUGUUGCAGUAUGGGACAUGUUUCUGAGGGAUUGAGGUUGUGGGAUGAGAUGGUAGAAAAAAAUAUUAAGCCCAAUCUUGUAACUUGUAAUACCAUUAUAAAGGGUUAUUGUCGGUCAGGUGAUGCAUCAAAGGCAGAUGAUUUUUUUAGCAAGAUGACUUCAAAAGGAAUUGUUCCCGAUAGCUUCACUUAUAAUACUCUCAUUAAUGGUUUUGUUAGAGAAGAAAAUAUGGAUAAAGCUUUUGUUUUAGUUAACAAGAUGGAGAAUCAGGGGCUCUUGGCUGACAUUAUUACAUACAAUGUAAUUGUUGAUGGGUUCUGUAAACAAGGUAGAAUGCAUGAAGCUGAGUUAAUGUUAAGGAAGAUGAUUGAGAAAGGUGUACAUCCUGAUAGGGCUACAUACACAUCAUUGAUAAAUGGACAUGUCACUUUGGACAACUUAAAGGAGGCAUUUCGUUUCCAUGAUGAAAUGCUACAGAUGGGGUUUAUUCCAGAUGAUAAAUUCUGAUGUCUUGUUUUCUUGGCAAAUUGGAUUCCUUUUGCUGCAUAUCCUCACUAUAUGUUUAAGGUUGUAUAUUGACUCUGCAAAUUCUUAAUUUUAACUUUAUGAUUUCAUAUUCGAUAAGCUGUGUAAUUAAACUAUUUUGAUAUUGGGAGCAUAUUUCCUCCUAGAAGCACAUGGAGAUGAGUAAAGCAGAGAUAUUAUCUAUUAUUUUAAGGCCUGAUGAAUGAUGAUGAGGCGAGAAGCAUCCGGGGAUAAUGAAGCAGAGACUUAAAUUUUUUAUAUUGGGGCCUGAAAAUGAAGGUAUUUUCCUAUCUGGUAUGGUGAACCAUUGAGGUUCUUACUCAUGCUCAGUUCAAGCAGAAAUUAAAGAUUACAGGAGAACCCAUAGGUAAGAUUUUGAUGCACGAUGCCAGUUCUUCUACUGAUAUGGGGUUUUUAUAUUUAAAAGAUCUACUCCCAUUUUAUUCAUUUUGAUCCAUAAUGCAGUUAAUGCCAUGGUUUUAAAUUGAUAAAUUUAUAGGCUCCUCCUAUAGAUUAAUUGUUUGAAUUUAAUUGCAAGUAUUUGGCAAUUGGCAGUAUGGCUUCUUCUGCUAAAUGCUGCUUGGUGGAUCUUGACAGAUCUUUUUUCUCUCUUUUUAUGUGUCCAUAUUAUAUACUUAAUUUUCAUUCUUGUUCAGGAGCUUUGUUUUAGCCUUGUAAAAUGUUCAUAAAAAAUACUCAGUUAGUUUCACCUGUUUCUCGUUGUCCUGCUUCACUGAGUACAUGAUUAUAAUUCUGGGGAAGUAAAA